UUUUAACCGACGGCAUCAGGCCACGCAUAAGACCUGGAGUUAGGGUUUGAGGGUUCUAGGGUUCUAGGGCUUGAUUGUCAAGCUUUGUUAGUGUUUCUUUGUCUUUAUCGUAAAUUUACGUUGCGAUUGAAGAGGCUUAGCCCAGAGCAAAGUGUUUAGCAGUUCGUCCAAAGGUCAGUCAAGAUGGCGCAAAGUACAUUGCAGAAGUUGAAGAAUCGGUGGGCUGCUGAAACCAGGGAUGAGGAGAAGCUCGCCUCACACUUGAGACUACUGCGAGCCGUGGGUAUGUUCGCAGGGUCGGUGAUGUUGAUGCGCAAUUUCGGUGACUUGAUGGCAGUCUAAGUCACAGUGAACAUGGCAGAGUUGCUCUCCUGGCUCUAUUUUCACAGAUAGAAACUAGUAGCUCGAGCAGGCUUGUAUGUGUUGCGCUUGGUACUUAACGGUUUGUAUACGUGAUUUGGAAAUUCCACUCAUGGUGGAUGCUGGAAUCAAGUUUUAACUAUUUUUUUGCUA